AUGGCCGCGCAGGACACGCUCAACCAGACCACCCGCCUGGCCUCCUCCAGCGCUCUGCUGCAGGUGCUGUUCCGGGUGGUCACCUUCGGGCUGAACGCGUUCACUCUGCGCUACCUCUCCAGAGAGCUGAUCGGCGUGGUCAACGUGAGGCUAACUCUGCUGUAUUCAACAGUUGUCUUCCUAGCCAGAGAGGCAUUUCGCAGAGCUUGUUUGAGUGGAAGUACAAAGCGAAACUGGACCAAAACAAUUAAUCUACUGUGGCUGACAGUCCCUCUUGGUGUUUUUUGGUCUAUUUGCUUGGGCUUAGUCUGGCUACACUUGCUUGAAGUACCUGAUCCUUCUGUGGUUCCUCAUUAUCAGGCUGGUGUAGUGGCAUUUGGUCUUUCUGCAAUUAUUGAACUUCUGGGAGAACCAUUCUGGGUUUUAGCACAAGCUCAUUUGUUUGUGAGACUUAAGGUAAUUGCUGAAAGCCUUUCAGUAGUGUCAAAAUGCAUUUUGACGGUUAUUUUAGUGGUCCUUUAUCCUCAGUGGGGCCUCUACAUUUUUUCCUUGGCUCAGCUUUUAUAUGUCAGUGUUCUGGUAAUGUGCUAUGUAAUUUACUUUGUGAUGUUUUUGGGGUCCCCUGAAGCAACAAAGAAGUCAUUUCCCGUUGCUAGAAUGAAAGCACUGUUGCCUAACUGGGUGGAAGAUGAGACCUUUGUUAACUGGAAGGAAGCACGGUUGACUUGGAGUUUCUUCAAACAAUCGUUCCUGAAACAGAUUUUGACAGAAGGUGAACGAUAUGUGAUGACUUUUUUGAAUGUGUUAAAUUUUGGAGAUCAGGGUGUAUAUGAUAUCGUGAAUAAUCUUGGUUCACUGGUGGCCAGGUUUAUCUUUUUGCCUAUUGAGGAGAGUUUUUAUGUCUUUUUUGCUAAAGUGUUGGAAAGAGGGAAGAAUGUAAAGGAUCAGAAGCAGGACGAUGUUGCUAUGGCUGCAAAUGUAUUAGAAUUGCUGUUGAAACUUGUGCUUCUGAUUGGCCUUACCAUCACGGUUUUUGGCUAUGCCUAUUCGCAGCUGGCUCUGGAUAUUUAUGGAGGCUCAAUGCUUAGUUCUGGAACAGGUCCAGAUCUCCUCCGAUGUUACUCUUUAUAUGUCCUAUUUCUUGCUAUCAAUGGAGUAACAGAAUGUUUUACAUUUGCUUUGAUGUGCAAAGAGGAGGUAGACAGGUACAAUUUUGUUAUGCUGGCCUUGUCCUUCACAUUUCUGUGCAUCUCGUAUUUCUUGACCCACUGGCAUGGCAGUAUAGGCUUUAUCCUUGCCAACUGCUUUAACAUGGGUAUUCGAAUAGCUCACAGCAUCCACUAUAUCUAUGAUUACUUCAAAGAAAGCACUUACAGACCUUUGACAGGCUUACUUCCCUCACCAUUUUUGGUACUCAUUUAUAUCAUAAGUGGAGUAAUCACUGGUUUCUCAGAGGUAUUCCUCUGCUGCGAUAAGGGUUGGAUGGGAAGGCUGAUUCACAUCAGCAUGGGGGCUCUGUGCUUUGCAGCAACCAUCAUUACUAUGUUCUGCACAGAGACCAAGCUGAUCCACUUUGUCAGAAGCCAGUUCCUCUCCCGGUAUAUGAAGAAAGGAACAUGA